UUUACCGGAGACGGGAAAGUCGGCCAUGUUUACGAUUUAUUGACGGACGAGGUGCAUGGAUUUCCCUCACAAAAUGGACUGAUAAACUCCAGUUAUCUUUAUUUAGCUUUCGAUUUCGACAAAACAACCUGAUCCAACAAAAUGGACUGGGAAACGCAUCGUCCUAGUGCACCAUCCACACCCACCAGCAUGUCGAGCCAGUCGACUGGAACAAGUUCGACUCGUGCACUUCCAUACAAGACUUUUAACCCAAGUCCGUCUGUCACGGCUCUUACCAAACUGUCAGACGAAGAGCUGCGACGUAAAGGUGCAGAGGACCUAAUACGGAUACUGAGGCGUGUAGAAUGUGACUACAAGUACCUGUUGACAGAAUUAACAGGCAUUACAAAGGACGCUAACAGGAGGAUGCAGAUACACCUUAUGGAAUUACGAAGUUUAAAAGAUAUUAAUCAGAAAUUACAAGAUGAUAAUCAGGAGUUGAGAGAUCUGUGCUGUUUCUUAGAUGAUGACAGACAGAAGGGGCGAAAACUUGCCCGUGAAUGGCAAAGGUUUGGCCGAUAUACAGCAAGUGUAAUGAGAAGUGAAGUUGCUGCUUAUCAGGAAAAACUGCGCGAACUUGAACAGAAGCAAGAAGAGUUGAUCAAGGACAACACUGAAUUGAAAGAAUUAUGCCUUUACCUGGAUCAAGAGAGGAUACAGUUCACAGGAGCCAGGGAUGAAGGAGACGGAAGCAGUAAUGGUACUACAACUGCUCAUGAAGAGGGGCCUGCCUCUCACUUGCUUCAUCAACCAAUGAUCACGAGUCAGUCUGUCGGUGGACAUUCAAACAGGACAUCAAACAUUCCUGAGCAAACAAUGAACUACAUCAAACAGCUGGAGAACAAAGUUCGACAUUUGGAAGAUGAAAAGAAACAAACUGGGCAACUGAGAGACCGUAACAGCACUGAUGGCUACCGACAAAGUACAAGUGGCCAGUUGAGCAAUAGACUGGAUGCAUUACAGCAAUCAUCUGGAGGUGUUCCGCGUCGGUCAGGGCCCAUGGGGCAUGUGUCAAGUGCUGCUCCCUCCCUCACCACACCGUCAGCAGGGGCCAGUAAACCAGAGGCAGUUGUGCAUGCUAUGAAGGUUCUGCAAGUGCAUGAGCAGCUGGAGAGAGCAGAGAGAGAUGUCGGAGAUGAGAACUUAGACGACAAGGAGAAAGCCAUUGUGAGGGAGAUGUGUAAUGUUGUAUGGAGGAAACUUGGUGAUGUGGCACCAGAAAGGAACAACCUUCGGAGUGGUUAUUCCGGAUCUUCGGUUCUUUCCCGGCAGGGUUAUCCUCCACCCCCACCCCCAGACUCUUUCUCCCCACCCCACCUGCUCCAGGGAUCAGUCCUGGUCCCCAGUCUCUAGGAUUCCAGUCUCCUCCCCCUCCCCCAGGCUAUAAUCCUCCUUCGUCACUUACACAUCACUCUGCAAAUUCAGGACUUUCUACCCACCCCACUAGCUCCAGCUUGAACAGCCAUCCUUCAAAUUCCACUAUGAAUAGUCACCCGUCUAGCUCUACAAUGAAUCAUCACACAUCGAACUCCAUGAUGAACCAUCACUCAACUUCAAGUUACCACUCUACAACCUCCAUGGGCUAUCAUCCCUCAACCUCGUCUGUUGGCCACCACACUUCAUCAUCUUCCAUGGGACAACAUCCAUCAUCGAUGAGUCACCAUCCCUCAACAUCUUCUAUGGGGCAACAUACCAUUUCCUCCUCUGGACCUCCACCAAUGAACCAUCUACCUUCAUCAAGUUCCCAUGGGCAUCCAUCUCACUCAUCACACAUGUAUUCGAACACCAUGUCAAGCAAUGGCCCUAGUUCCAGUCUGGGACAUCACGGUACCUCUUACUCUUCCCACCCGUCUCAGACAUACCGCCACCCUCCACCUAUACCAGGAAGUCACCUGCAAGCCCAGAGCUCCCCCCACACUCCUCCCCCUUCUACACCCAUCCCAAUGGAACAACCCCCACCCCCUGCCCCAAGACAGAUGCAUUAUCACCAAGAAUGGAGGCAGAAUUAUCUUGAUGGAUCUGGACAUCGAUAGAAGUUCAGGGAAGCGUUCCUCGAUUCACUUCUGUUUUAGAAAUAAUUUGAGAACUGCUUAGUGCUACACUAGUCUGCUUGGAACAUGUAUGACUAGAAUGCCAUAUAACUACUGGAGAAAAUAUAUCUCAGAACCUGUUUCAACCAUUAUCACUGUGAUAUAGUAUAUACAUGUACAAAAGAGGAAAGACAAAUUGGCAGUUGUCCUAUAGUCCUUGCCAAAGUUUGUGUCAUGUGAACGGCUAGAAAGUUACCAUUUUUCGGGUUUGGCUAAAUGUUAUCACUAUAAGGACUUGUGAACUAAAGAUGUUUAAGGACUCGUAUACUAAGGAUAUAAGUGCCUGCCAAUUGUGAAUCUUGUUAAAUGUUCUGUGAAGCUGAAAAGUAUACUAUUCACACUUUGCUAAGCAUCAAAUCAUGGAUUCAUCAGAAAACUAUGAUGUGAGGUCUAAUUUGUUUUUUAAAUCUAAGCU